AGACGAACUCGGCGCGAUCGAUCCGCUGGUGAUGGCGACAAAAGCAUCUGAAGAGUCGAAAUUAGGGGCGACCUGCGAGAAGAUAUCGCCGCCGAGCCUCUUGCAAGGGGUGAUCCGUCGCACGUAGCGUACUUCGCAGGUCCGCGAGAAAUGGGGCCACGACGCAGCUCGGCGCGGCUCAGCGGGACGACGGGAGACGGCGGAAGACGGCGAUGAGGGAUUUCCGGGAGCGGACUGACGCUGGUCUCUGACUGCAUCCCCCGAGACGAGCAACUACUGCGCGUCGAUUUCCCGGGCUUCUCACCCGAGCUUGGCGGUCGGCGAGCAGUCGACGCCGCGAGGCUCCUCCGAGCAUCAAUUUGGGACAGCAGUCGGCCCGCGAGCCGAUCGCUUCUGCGCAGCGCCCAGCUCCCGCCCCGAUGGCUCCGUGAGGCAGAGCGGCAAAGCGGCUUCCGGAUGGCCGCCGUGCAGCCGCCGCAGCUGGGCUACCCGGCGCCCAGCCCCCCACUGGCCCUGGGGGCUCCGACCCCGCUGUUCCGGUCCCUGGACCGGCGCAUGCAUGCGGCUCCGAGCCCGGCCGCCCAGGGCUCCGGCGACGAGGCCCAGUGCGAGGACCGGCGGAGCUCCCCGCAGAUCGCGGCCAGCGGCUUCUGCUUCCUGGCGGCCGUGUGCUGCUCGGCCGGGGGCUUCUGGGUGUCGGCGGCCCAGACGCGGCUGCUCGGGGUCGUGUUCCUGGUCGUGGGCGCCGCGGCCGUCCUGUCGGCCAUCCUGUUCGUGCCGGCCGGGCGCGACGGCAAGCUGCCGGCCCACCGGCGGGCGCUGCCGCUGCUGUUGGCGCUCGUGCUGUGGGCCGUGUCCGGCUGGAUCAUCUUCCUGCUCGCCCAGAGCAGCGUACACGGCAAGGGCGUGCUGGCCGCCCUGGCCACCUUCCUGCUCCUCUUCUCGCUCGUCCUGCUCCGCGUGGUGUGUCGCCGCUGCUGCUGCGCUCGCAGGCGGAGGCGCCGGGGCCUCAAAGCCGCCGGCGACUCCGAGGACGCCGUGCAGCUCGAGGACUUCCACCACGUGAACACCCAGGUGCGCGACACGCUGCGCUUCGGCGAGCUGCGCGCCGACCAGGCCGUGGUGCCCUUCGCGACGGACUCGAGGGCCGUCGUGCCCACGGCGCCGCCGGAGACGCCGCCGCAGCCGCUCCAGCCGCCGGCCAGCUUCUCCACCUUCGUGAGGGAGCCGCCGUCGGCGCCCGCCGAUCACCCGCCGCCCUACGAGGGCUGCCCGGCUCGGCCGCCGCAGCAGGGAGACCGCUGCCGCACGCCGCCCCCGCCCUACUCCACCCUCGUGUAGCCGCAAUAAGUGUUCGUCGAAGCAGGGCUGCUCUCCGACGCUCGGGGGGCCUGUCUCCCGUCGACGAGUCUGGCCGAAGCGCGUACCAAAAGUCGCUCACUCACGUGUCGACGUUCCCGGUCGCGCAAAGCCCCGUGGCCCCGUGGAUGAGGACCUUCGGUGGAACGCGCACGGGCGGCGCGGCCGGUGGGAUGGCGAACACACGGGCGUGCCAAUGAAGACCGACAGGCCCACGCGACCGGGCUGUCCCCAGUUUGGGCUCCUCUCUCGAGUUCCAAGACGUUAGGCCAACUUUGUGCCGCCAAGCUCAAAGCCCGUGGCACGCUACGGGAGCAAGCGCACUGCCCAAGUUUGCUCCAAUUUUGUUGAAGAAACACAAAAAAAUAAUAAAAAAAUAAACUUGACGCGGAGCCCCGGAUGCGUUUCGCAAUAUCUUCGCGGAAUAGUUCCUAAUAGCAAUCCCUCGAAAUAAUUUUACAGUGGCA